GGGUUUGGCCACCGUCCUCAAAUCACAGUUCUCGUGGUGUAUCGCGAUCAAUCGGGUUAUAUAAAUACCCAACGCCGCUGCACAAUCGGCCAUUUCGUCUGUGUAGGCCAUCAGUCGUAUAGUGCAGUCGGGGCUUAUUGAGUUUACUGGUAACCUGAGAGUCACAUCAAGAACAUCAAGAUGAAUGAGACAGCGGUAUCGUUUGCCAAGGACUUCUUGGCUGGUGGCAUCUCCGCCGCCAUCUCCAAAACAGCCGUCGCCCCAAUUGAGAGAGUCAAGCUUCUCCUUCAGGUCCAGCAUGCCAGUAAGCAGAUCACCGUGCACUACAAGGGAAUCAUGGACUGCAUGGUCCGUAUCCCCAAGGAACAGGGCUUCCUUUCCUUCUGGAGAGGUAACCUUGCCAAUGUCAUCAGAUAUUUCCCCACCCAGGCCCUCAACUUCGCCUUCAAAGACAAGUACAAGAACAUCUUCCUUGAUGGCGUUGACAAGCGCACCCAGUUCUGGAGAUACUUUGCCGGUAACCUGGCUUCCGGUGGAGCCGCUGGAGCGACCUCCCUGUGCUUCGUGUACCCCCUCGACUUCGCCCGUACCCGUCUGGCUGCUGAUGUUGGAAAGGCUGGGGCCACCAGAGAGUUCAACGGUCUUGGAGACUGCCUGACCAAGGUGUUCAGGUCUGAUGGUCUGAAGGGUCUAUACCAGGGCUUCAAUGUGUCCGUGCAGGGCAUCAUCAUCUACAGGGCUGCAUACUUUGGAAUCUAUGACACCGCUAAGGGUAUGCUUCCAGACGACAAGAAAAACAGUAUAUUGGUGAGCUGGAUGAUUGCACAGAGUGUGACAGCGGUUGCUGGCCUGACCUCAUACCCCUUCGACACUGUCCGUAGACGCAUGAUGAUGCAGUCCGGCCGCAAAGGAGCUGACAUCAUGUACACCGGGACCAUGGACUGCUGGCGUAAGAUCGCAAAGAAUGAGGGUAGCAACGCCUUCUUCAAGGGAGCACUGUCCAACGUGCUCAGAGGCAUGGGUGGUGCCUUCGUGCUUGUGUUGUACGAUGAGCUGAAGAAAGUCCUGUAAAUUGUCCUAUUGUCACGUCACUGUCCAAUUUGGCUAAAUGUAAUAACUCUCCAUUUCUAUGGACUCUGCAUUCUGCCUUAUUUAUGGGAACAAAUCUAUAGUGUCCCACCCUAGUUGUGGGCAAAGGCUGUACGUUGUGCAUCUUCAUUAUUUUAAACGUUCCACACCCUCUUUACCACUGUCAUUCCUGUUAAAGAUUAUCUGAUACCUCCUCCUCCUCCUGUCAUUCACUAGGUUUGUAUGGUCCCAAGUUGAAUAAACCUAUUCUGGGAACAAACUAUA